AUGGGAAGAAGACCAGCCAGAGUCCAGGUGGAUCCUGAGUCUAUCGACUCUGACGAGAGACCACCACAGACAGGUAAUAUUUUCAAUAUAUGGUACUCUAAAUGGUCAGGAGGCGACAGUAGUGAUCGAAAUACACAAACGCAUUCAAAGACCAGAUGUAAUAUAGAGAGGGACUCAGGUUAUACAAAAGCUGAUAAAGAGCAAAGUCCAUUUUUCUGCUUAUAUUUUUCCAGAGGGGCAUGCUGUUUAGGUAAAAAGUGUGAAUAUUUGCAUCGUUUGCCCAAGGAGACUGAUAGCUGGAUUCCUCAUACUUUGGACUGUUUUGGACGGGAGAAGUUUGCAGAGUAUAGGGAUGACAUGGGCGGUGUGGGAAACUUUAACAAAAUCAACCGCACCUUAUUCGUUGGCAGGAUUAACGAAAUAGACGAUUCUAUAGAACUAAAGAUUUCGAAGAAUUUUGCAGAAUGGGGAGAUAUCGACAGGAUCAGAGUGAUACCGAAUAAGAACAUUGCAUUUGUUACAUAUAAAAAUGAGUUGAAUGCCCAAUUUGCAAAGGAGGCAAUGGCCCACCAAUCUUUGGACCCCGAUAAUGAAAAUGAAAUCCUUAGUGUCAAAUGGGCCAACGAAGAUCCAAACCCAGAAGCCAAGGCCAAAAUUGAACAUGAACAUAACCAGCAAAAGCUAAAAAUUGCCAAGCAGUUGGUCGAAAAAUUAGAAAGAUUAAAACAAUAUGAAUCGGAGAAGAGAGCUUCAGUUACCGUUGAGGAGCCAGAGGAAACAGAUGAUUUGCCUCCGAAAAGACAGAAGAUGAUUCAACCCUCACCACUCACGCCAACCUUUUUCAACGGAUCGUUGUCAGUGCUUAGUGAGUUAAAGCAUAAGAAAGCGCACCCACAGAAAAAUCAGGCGUUAGUUGACUACAGUAGUGAUGAUAGUGAUUAA